AAUACGUUACAUUUGAGUGAGAGCACUGACACUGACAGAUUUCAGUGCAACUGGCAGCAAUGUUUUCAAUCAAAACCUAACCUGAUUUCAAUAUGUUUUGUAUUUUAUAAUUCACUUCUUAUAAAUUUUAUUAUAUGUGUGAAAUUUCUUUAUAUGUCUUUUUCAACGAAGUCAAUAGUGAAAUUAUUUUGUAACAGUAUCGAACUACAUGCAUAGAAACAAUAAAGAAGAUUUGAAGUUCUAUAACAUUCUAGAAUAUUUUCACCAUUUUUUUCUCUGUCAUGAACAAGAAAUGAUAUUGUCCCAUUACAAGAACUAGUAAAAGUGGAGAUGUUUUGUUGGGGUAGCACCGUUCAUGGAGAACUGGGACUAGGAGGUAUUGAAGAGGAACAUAUUCUUACUCCUAGGGCCUUGGAUUGGAGUUUGGCUGGUACUGUAAUAGAAGCAGCCUUGGGAGAAAACCAUACUCUGCUGUUGACUAGAGAUGGAAAAAUAUAUUCCUGUGGGAAUAAUGAUUACGGACAACUUGGUCAUGAUCAGCCAAGAAAGAGGCCACGUAUGUCUUUCCUUAAACUUGUGUCUGGAAUGGAGGCUCAUUCAAUAAUCCAUGUGGCAUGUGGCUCCAUGCAUUCAAUGGCCCUCAACCAGUGGGGACAAGUUUUUACCUGGGGAUCAGAUUAUCAUGGCCAAUUAGGACAAAGCUUAGGAGAAAACGUUCAGCCUAUUCCAAAAAUGGUCAGAGCCUUAGCAACAUACCACAUUAUUCAGAUUUGCUGUGGGCAAAGACAUUCUGUAGCUCUGGCCAAUACUGGUGAAGUUUUAACGUGGGGAGCAAAUAGCUUUGGACAACUUGGUCUGGGUACUUGUUCACAAACUGAAAUUAUGCCAACUGUUGUCAAAUCUCUUAAUGGACUUCCUGUGGCAUUCAUUGCUUGUGGAGCUAAUCAUACUUUUGCUGUCUCGAAAUCUGGUGCUGUGUAUGGCUGGGGUAAGAAUAGACGGGGGCAACUUGGUUUGAACGACACUGAUAACAAAGUGUUUCCUACACAACUUCGAACCUUAAGAGCCAUCAGGGUUAGGUACAUUUCUUGUGGUGAGGAAUUUUCAAUUUUUUUGACACUUGAUGGUGGGGUUUUCACAUGUGGAGCUGGUAUGUUUGGACAGUUAGGGCAUGGAACAAAUUUUAACGAAAUUCUUCCUCGUCAGGUCAUUGAACUGAUGGGCUCAACUAUAACCCAAGUAGCUAGUGGACGACAGCACUCUUUGGCUCUUGUGCCUUCGAGAGGAAGAGUUUACAGCUUUGGCAUUGGAGGGUCCGGCCAGUUGGGUCUUCGAAAAGCUACCAGUGCCUCAACACCCCAGGUCGUUUUAGGACCAUGGGUUUCUCCUAGUGGAAUGUCUUUAGUGCCUACGUCAAGUGAUAUUAAAAAUUUGGUCAUCCAAAGGAUAUAUGCAGGUGGAGAUCACUGUUUUGUUUCGGUUAUCAAGCAAGAAAGCAAAGUACCUCCAUACGAUUGUCGUGAAAUAGAUCCACAAACACAAAUUCUAUCAAUAUCAUAUGAUUACAUUAAAAAUUUGUUACGAAUUCCUUGUGACAAUCCAGUUGAUCAAGAUGUGCUAACAUACCUCGAGACGGUUUUUAAGAGUUUAUCUUGUAUCAAUGGUUCUUUCCUCUUGGAUGACGACAGACAUUAUUACUGCAGUAGUAAACAUCAUGGCGUUGACAUUGCUGUGGCAGAAUCUACUUUUUCCCUCAUUGGUAGAAUUGAGAACAAAAGCAUUACAGAAUUGAUAUGGGGCUGUAUAGUAGACAGUGUCCUGCCGAAUCUUUCCUCCUCUCCGCCUGAUGUAGAAACACUCCGUAUAUACCUCACUCUCCCUCUUUAUCAUGAGUUUAACAAUCCAAAGCAGCAUCUUCGGCUUCAGAAACCAUUUGCGAGUGCCGUACUCAACCUAAAAGAACCUGCUAGCAAAAUCGUUAAGGGCUGGUUGGGUAUGAUGAGUUGCGAUUAUCUUGAGAGAUUAGUGAUUUUAUUUAAAAGUAUUGCUAGUUACAUUCUAAGGAACCAGAAUAUACCUGAAGGAAAUACCGCUUUCUAUGAUUCUAGUCUCGUAGCCAUGCUAGAUAUUUUAGCAUUAUUGAACAAGAUCAAUCACACGGCCCAGGGUCUGAAAAUUCCAUAUAUUACUUUCCAUAUGAAUGAUCUCUCCGAUUACCUAGAUGUUCGAGUAGAUUAUGUUAAUUGGCUUUCCGACCAGAGGACGGGGCGACUAUUCUUAUGCAACUAUCCAUUUGUUUUUGAUGCCAAAGCAAAAACACAGUUGUUGGAAGUAGACCAGUCAAUUCAAAUGCAGACUGCGAUGAGUUCUGCUGCUCGCCAAGCUUUCGUGGCAAUGCUUGUUGGGUCACAAAAUUCAGUUGGUAUCAAUAGCUUUUUAGUACUGAACAUUUCCAGAGAACACAUUGUUCAGGAUGCGUUGAGAGAAUUGAGUCAGGUUAAUCCACGUGACCUCAAAAAACCUCUGAAGGUUAAAUUUCACGACGAAGAGGCUGAAGAUGCCGGAGGUGUCACAAAAGAGUUCUUUUUAUUGCUCUUGAGGGAAAUUUUGGAUCCAAAGUAUGGUAUGUUCAAAGAAUAUGAAGAGACAAGAGCCAUUUGGUUUUCAGAAAAUAGCUUUGAAGAUGAUGAUGUGUUUUUCCUUAUUGGUAUGAUAUUGGGUUUGGCUAUCUACAACUACACCAUUAUUGAUGUCCCAUUUCCUUUAGCGCUUUACAAGAAACUUCUGGGCGAAGUUGUCAAUUUGAAUGACCUCGGUGGUUUAUCUCCUAUCUUGGCAAACUCGCUACUUGCUCUCCUUAAUUAUGAAAAUGAUGACUUUCAAGAAGUUUUCGACUUGACUUUCGAGAUAUCUCGCGAUGUUUUCGGUGAAAUUGUAACCGUUCCUCUGAAAGAAAAUGGGAAGAACAUAGCAGUUAACCAGGAAAACAAGCAAGAAUAUGUUGACCUGUACGUAAACUAUAUAUUCUACGAAUCCGUAAAACAGCAGUAUCAAUCAUUCCACACUGGAUUCAUGAAAGUCUGUGAUGGCAGAGUGUUGCAGUUAUUUCACUCUCAAGAAUUGAUGGCUGUAGUUGUGGGAAACGAAGAUUAUGACUGGCAUGCUUUAGAGGAGGCAGCGGAGUAUAAAAACGGGUAUAAAUCAUCAGAUGAACCUAUACGAUGGUUCUGGGAAGUGAUUCAUGAAAUGUCACUGGCAGACAAAAAGAAAUUUCUCCUGUUUUUAACAGGAAGUUGUAGAAUACCAAUACAAGGAAUGAAGGGAAUCAAGAUAUAUAUCCAACCAACUAAUGAUGACAAAUUCUUGCCUGUUGCUCAUACUUGUUUCAACUUGUUGGACCUCCCCAGGUAUAAAACCAAAGAACGACUGAAGUACAAACUUAUGCAAGCAAUCCAACAGACUGAAGGUUUUUCUCUUGUAUAAUUUCUUGUUUCUUUUAUAUUAUUUCACUGUCUUUUGGAUUUGUCAUUUUACAAAUAUAUUUUUCUGUUUUUUGUCUAUAUCAGAACAACUGUUGUUAAAUGUACUGUUAUUUGGCUAUGAAAGUAGGUAUAUUACAACGAAAUGAUCAUGAAACAUUUCUGAAAAAUAAAUAUUCACUUCAUUGAAAUAUAUCUAUUUCAUUUGUCUAUCUUUUUUAUAAUUUUGUGAUGGCAGAACAAAAACGUUUGAACAGCCUAUAAUUUCAUCCUAGUAUUGUAUUUCAGAAGUGAAUGAAGUUAGUAAUUUUCAUUUAUCCAAGUGGAAAUUGAAGUGAUAUAAGUAGGACAAAUAAUUAUUUUUGAUAUGUGUUCACGAACGCCUUAAUUUGUUUUUCUUAUUUCUAAGGCAUUUAGAGAUCUACAACACGGAUGUAUGGCAAAUAUAGUCUGCAAAGAAACAUUAGUUAGAUUUGACAUUGAUGAUUCACUUUGUUGAAAUAUUUUUAUUUGUUGGAUUUACUGGUUGCGAUAAUUUAUUAAAAUUUUCGAAAAUGAAAUUGUAUGAAUUAAAA